AGACAUUGGAUACCUGUCCGUUGAGUCCCUUUGUCGUUCUUUUUGACCAUCUUCUCUCCCUCUACCUGAAAAAUCGCUGCGACCUCACUCUGUCCGAUUCUUCCACGCUCUCAAAAAAAAAAUUACGAAAUGGUUGAAGAUUCUGCUUCUGCAACUCCACCACCGUCUUCUCCGGCGCAAACUCCGCCGCCUCCCGAUGACUCCAGACAGCAGGAAUCCACGAAGCUCGAUUUGAAGGAAGAAGAACCAGACCUCAUGGUGGAGGAAAUUGCAGCGGAGACGGUGGCUCCUCCGUUGCAGCCGCCGAUGUCCGAAACACAGCCGUCGAAUCAGUUGGUUUCGGAUAUUGAUACGCCUGAGCAGGAGAUGUCAGAGACGAAGCGGCUGAAUCCGGUGAUGUCGGAGACAGAGACUCCGCAACAAGUGAAGUCUGAGACAGAGCUGGCGAAUCUAACGAUGUCGGAACCUGAACCUCAACAGCAGACAGCGGUGCCCCAUCCCAACUGAGCAGGUGAUGCUGGCGACGGACCCGCCGCCGCAGCAAGUUACACUAGAGACAGAGCCGGAGAAGCUAACGAUGUCGGAACCUGAACCACCACAUCAGGCGGCGGUGUCGGAGUCAAUGCCAACAGAGCAGGUGACGCCUGUGACAGAAACGCCGCCGAAGCAAGUGACGCCGGAGACAGAACCGGCGAAGCUAACGAUCUCGGGACCUGAACCGCCGCCGCAGCAAGUGAAUCUGAAGACAGAACCACCGCAGAUUGCGGCUGUAAAGGCUGAACAACCGGAGACUUCGCCGCCGCAGCAUGGGACGCCGGAGACAGUACCGCCACUGAAAGCGGCACCGGAGCCCG